AUGGAACGAAUUCGCCAAAAGCUAGCAAACGCCACGCUCGCACAGCCCGUUCAUGAUUCUGCGCCUAUCAAUCUCGUGAGUUCUGACGAAGAAUCCGAUGGAGGAUACGAUAGAGACAAUGAUGGACCAGAGAUGCCCAUCCCUCGAAUCAGUUCUGUCCUAGGAUCAUCCUACAACCCCGGGAAGCUCCCAGGAGAAGGUGGAAUCUCAAUGCCAGAACCUCACCCUUAUCGCCCAUCCGGACCAGGCGCCCCGUUCAAACCACCAACAAUGGUAGCCACAGCCUACGAAGGCGGAGUAACCGAAGAUGCCGAAGGCGAGAAAUUCAGUGUCGAGAUCGGCGGGGAAGACUUCAAGUCUACGCCCGACGACGCGCAGCGAGCGUUGAAGGAACUCGUUGAAGGCGCUAUAGGUGCAGGUCUCGACGGGCUCGAUAUGAAGGACGCCACGGUCAAGGGCUUCAGGGAAGGUAUCACACUUAUGCCUCAUCAGGUCCAAGGACGGGCCUGGAUGAGGGAACGUGAGACAGGGAAGAAGUGCGGAGGAAUACUGGCCGACGACAUGGGUCUAGGGAAGACGAUUCAGACUUUGACCAGAGUGGUUGAAGGAAAACCGACGGAGGAGGACCGGGAUAAUGGAUAUACAGGGGGCACAUUGAUUAUUUGCCCCGUUGGGCUUAUUGCUCAGUGGGAGUCGGAAAUCAAAAAAAUGUGCUUGAAGGUUCGCACUAUUUCUCACCACGGGCCAUCUCGUACCAAAGUUUCAAAGGUUCUUGAAAACGCCGAUGUGGUUAUUACGUCCUAUCAAGUUGUGUCUUCUGAACACGCCGCGCACUUGGGAGGAGCAGCUUCGUCCGCAGCUCAGCCCAAGAAGAAAACCGCAAAUGCCAAGGCCAAGAAACGGAUAGAGUCGGAUGACUCCGGCUUGAGUUCCGAUUCGGAUGGCGGGGCUGCCUCCAAGAAGAAAUCUGCCGGGUCGAAUAAACCUAAGCCGGCUGCUUUGUUUGGAGUCAAAUGGUGGCGUAUUGUAUUAGACGAGGCUCAGAACAUUAAGAAUCGCACAACUAAGGCGGCUCUUGCAUGCUGCGCACUUCGUGGACGUAACAAAUGGUGUCUCACUGGCACCCCGAUCCAGAACAGCGUAGAGGAAUUAUACUCGUUGUUCAAGUUCUUGGGAGUCCGACCCCUCAACGAUUGGGAUGAAUUCCGUACAACGAUUGCCCAACCAGUCAAACAGGGAAGGAGUACCCGAGCCAUGAAACGUCUUCAUAUCGUGCUCAAAGCUAUUAUGCUCCGACGGACAAAGGACAUGACUAUCAAUGGUGCUCCACUCCUCAAUCUUCCCGGUCGUAAAGUCGAAACAUUAAUGUGCGACUUCGACGAGGAUGAACGCGCUUUCUAUGAGGCACUGGAGCAGAAGACAGAAUUAACCCUUAACAAAUUCAUCAAGGCUGGAACGGUGAUGAAGAAUUAUACGAGCGUUCUUUUGCUUCUCUUGCGAUUACGACAAGCGUGCGACCACCCAUCGUUGGUUAGCAAGGACUUUCAAAAAGAUAUAGACGCGGUCGAGAGUAAACCCGCCAAGAAGGAUGACGAAGAGGAAGACGAACUCGCAGACCUUUUCCAAAAAAUGGGGGUUGAUAAACGUGCUCUCACUUGCACCAUUUGCCAAACUGAGUUACCCGCCGACGCUGACGAUGAAAAGUAUUGCGAGGAAUGUGCAGCCAAUUUAGUCGCACAAUCUCGGCGUAAAUCUGUAGCCGCCAAGUCGGGGUUACCUCCAUCGAGCGCGAAGAUUCGCAAGAUGGUUGCAUUGCUUGAAGAGAUCGACGAUCGCUCCAAUGGCGAAGACAAGACCAUUGUGUUUUCGCAGUUUACAACCAUGCUAGAUCUUCUUGAACCAUUUUUGAAAGACGCAGACAUUAGCUUUACUCGCUUGGACGGUUCCAUGCUACCCAAGGACCGAGAAGUGGCUCUUGACAAGAUUCGUAAUUCGUCUCGAACUAAAGUUAUUCUCAUCUCUUUCAAGGCCGGCAGCACUGGCCUAAAUUUGACCGCGUGCAACAAUGUCAUUCUGGUAGACUUGUGGUGGAACCCUGCCUUGGAGGAUCAAGCAUUUGACCGUGCUCAUCGUCUCGGACAGACGAAAGACGUGCACAUUUACAAAUUGACUAUUGCACAUACGGUUGAAGAGCGUAUACUCAAGUUACAAGAUGCAAAGCGAGACUUGGCCAAGGCUGCGUUGAGUGGAGACAAGCUCAAUAAUAAUAGGCUCCGCCUGGAUGAUAUUAUGAAAUUGUUCAAUAAACACUCGCAUGAAGACUCCGAUGACGAGUAA